AUGUAUAAAGCAAGUUCUAUCUUUACGAAUAUUAACGAACUUCCUUUCAAUAAUGAAGAAGAAAGAACCAAGCUACGCAUUUUUUUUGCUUACAACGACGCAACUAAAGUAGAAGCAAUUCUUUCGACGAUUACAAAAGAUGAAGCGAAAGUUGAAUUCUUGAGGGGAUAUGUCGACAAGUCAAGAGAUGAACAUCCAGUCUCUUCCCAAGAAAUGAACGAGAUUAAGAAGAAGGUUCGAUUUCUUGAGGUUGAGCUCCACAAAACCAAAUGUACCAUUACAGUUUCGCACGAAGUAGGAAAAAAUGUCUUAGACACAGCAAGCAUUUCCCUAACGAAAUCCUUUCUUUCCUCACAA